CUGGCCUGGAGCUAUUUUAGGCGCAGGAAGUUCCAGCUCUGCGUCGAUCUGUGCACGCAGAUGCUGGAGAAGUCCCCUUAUGACCAGGCCCCUCGUUUUCUCCUCAGACCUUCUCAUUUCGUGUUAUUUCCUACGUGCUGUUUACCAGUAUGGUGAAUCGUAAGUGUAUCCCUGAGGGGCAGUAGAUCAACACAGAAGCAGCAGGAAGGCCUUCGUCAGUGAACGGAGCACCCUGAGGCUGAGCUGCUGGCUUCAGGCACUGGACAAGUCUUCCUGCCCUUGGCAGAAGAACAAGCAUCCAGCUUUUACUUACCAUCAGUGGCUUCUGUCUCCCUUAGUUGUUUUCUUUUCCCUUUCAAGCAUUGUCUACAGUCACCUCUGGAACCAGAUCCUGAAUUGCCAAUAUCUCAGGCAGCUUGGAUUUUAAAAGCACGAGCACUAACUGAAAUGGUGUAUGUAGAUGAAAUUGAUGUAGAUCAGGAAGGAAUUGCAGAAAUGAUGCUGGAUGAAAAUGCUAUUGCCCAAGUUCCACGCCCUGGAACAUCUUUGAAACUCCCUGGAACUAAUCAGAUGGGAGGGCCUAGUCCAGCUGUCAGGCCAAUCACUCAAGCUGGAAGACCCAUCACAGGCUUCCUUAGACCCAGCACACAAGGCGGAAGGCCAGGCACUAUGGAACAGGCCAUUAGAACACCCAGAACCGCCUACACAGCUCGCCCAAUUACCAACUCCUCUGGGAGAUUUGUCAGGCUGGGGACGGCUUCCAUGCUUACAAGUCCUGAUGGACCUUUUAUCAAUUUAUCUAGACUGAAUUUAACAAAAUAUGCCCAGAAACCUAAAUUGGCCAAGGCUUUGUUUGAGUAUAUCUUUCAUCAUGAAAAUGAUGUUAAAACUGCUUUGGACUUGGCUGCCCUUUCCACAGAGUAUUCUCAGUACAAGGACUGGUGGUGGAAAGUGCAGAUUGGAAAAUGUUACUACAGGUUAGGCAUGUAUCGUGACGCAGAAAAGCAGUUUAAGUCAGCCCUGAAGCAGCAGGAAAUGGUAGAUACAUUUCUCUACUUGGCAAAAGUUUACAUCUCAUUGGAUCAACCUGUGACUGCUUUAAAUCUUUUCAAGCAAGGCUUAGAUAAGUUUCCAGGAGAAGUAACCCUGCUUUGUGGAAUUGCCAGGAUCUAUGAGGAAAUGAACAAUAUUUCAUCAGCAGCUGAAUACUACAAAGAAGUUUUGAAACAGGACAAUACUCACAUAGAAGCCAUUGCGUGCAUUGGAAGUAACCACUUUUAUUCUGAUCAACCAGAAAUAGCUCUCCGGUUUUACAGACGUCUCCUGCAGAUGGGUGUUUACAACUGCCAGCUUUUCAACAAUCUGGGGCUCUGUUGCUUCUACGCCCAGCAGUAUGACAUGACUCUGACCUCAUUUGAACGCGCCCUUUCCCUGGCUGAAAACGAAGAAGAGGCCGCUGAUGUCUGGUACAACUUGGGGCAUGUAGCUGUGAUAUGUGCUUUUCUUCUGCAGGGAAUAGGAGAUACGAACUUGGCCCAUCAGUGCUUCAGGCUGGCCCUGGUCCACAACAACCACCACGCCGAGGCCUACAACAACCUGGCCGUGCUGGAGAUGCGGAAGGGCCACGUGGAGCAGGCAAGAGCACUGUUACAAACUGCGUCAUCUUUAGCACCCCAUAUGUACGAGCCGCAUUUUAAUUUUGCAACAAUCUCUGAUAAGAUUGGAGACCUGCAGAGAAGCUAUGUUGCUGCCCAGAAGUCUGCAGCAGCAUUUCCGGAUCAUGUGGACACCCAGCUUUUAAUUAAACAGUUAAAGCAGCACUUUGCUAUGCUCUGACUGUUCCUCAGACCAAGUAUAUUCUUAUGAUGGGGCGUUAUAGAUGGGCAAAACUAGUGUGUUUAUGUAUACACGUAUGUGUAUGAAACACAAACCUACCCUUGAUAUUAGUGAAGAUGACUUAUGGAAGUAUAAACAAGAAUGUGUAAUGAAAACUUGAUAGUAUUAUAAAAGACAGGAUUUCAGCCUUUGUAAGUAGAUUAUGAAGCCUUCUCCCAUGUUAUAUGGUAGAUGUUUGUUUAUAAUGUUUAUAAAACAUUUUCAUGAAUUGCCUCAAAUUUUUUAUACAUGCACAUUUUUAAUGUCCUUAAGCUUGCCAUUAGCUAUCAUUAAGAGAUCUGAAAUCUGCCUUUAAAAUUGCACUUUGAUGGCUAAAAGUGUAUAUAUUUAUCCUGAUUAAAGACUUUAUUUGAAGCUUUAAAAUUGUAUUUGAAACUAUUGGGUUGUCGGAAAAGUCAUGCCCCAUUUUGCAACAAAAAACAGAAAAAAUACGUCAUGACUUUUCCAACAACCCAAUACAUAUCAAAUGCUUUAUGAGACACUGUACAUUUUCUUAUAUAUUUUGCUUUAAAAUAAAUCAAUGUGUAAAACACCGUCA